AUGUCCCUGGCACUAACAUCCGCUUCGCGCCUGAAACCCGAGGUUCGCCUGGCACAGGCUGUCUCGGAUUUUGAGGUUGACCUUUCUGGAGAGCAAAAGGCAGCUUUUCGCAACCACAAAGCCAAACCACUCCAGUCACCACCGAGUACUCAAGAUGCCAUGCGUCUUACUGCCGAGAUUGAUCGGGCGGUUGGAAAAGGUGGCCGCUGCCUGGGGCCUAGGCUGGUCAAUUUCCUGCAGGCAGCUCAGAAAUUUGCUGCAAUGGGAGACAUAAUAAUUGGAGGAUCACAUUGUCUGGUGGCCUGUGCAAUGUGGACGAAGGUGCGCACGUCGUUGACGCUCAUGACGGGAUUCUCCGCUUAUAUGGAAAAACUAUCUGUGCUUUUCAUGAAUGUCGGCCGUUCAGCUCCCCGAUUCGAAAGCAUGGCUCUGCUGUAUCCCCGCCCAAGGGAUCUGCAAUCAUCAUUUUGCGAAUAUUUCAUUAUCGUUGUUCAACUGUGUCAUGAAAUGCUGAAGUUCGCGAGCAAGUCUGUCCUGAAAAGGGUUGGGUCUUCACUAUCCGAUAGCAAUCUGGCAAAGUUCCAGACCGACCUUGAAUCACUGGGGAACACAAUCAAAGAUGAAGUGGGCAUCCUUAUGGCAAAGCGUCUGGAAUAA